CCAACAGACAUGCAGCCCAGACUUUGCUGAACAAGUUCAAUAGAUCAUCUUUUCCUAAGCUUUUCAAACAUAUAAGCCACGCUCUUAAAUGAUUCAUUCUCUCGGCUCCCCUCUGUGUGAGGAUAAUAACAAGGUCGUGAUUGAGUUACAAUGCACAAUAGGAGAAAAAAAAGUCGAGCUUUGUCUAAUUGUUCCUUGACAGGGUCAGAGGGGAUUGCGCGAUUGGCUGCUGCCUCCUGUCAGAGGUGUUGGAGCGCUGGGAGUGACACCAAGGUAACCGAGGGGAGGCUGUAUAAAUUGCUGGCGCAGUGCAAACCACUCCAGAGACGAGGGCAUCAGCCAAAGUCUUCUGUGUGACCUUUGCCGCGCACGACCACAGGCCAUUACAGCGAUGACUGCAAAAGCAGAGCUUUCAAGCUGGACGGAGUACCCAGAGGAUUUCACCCCGCUGCAGCAGCGCAACCUGACCCACAUCAACUCCAAGACUUGGAUUUCUUCUAAUUCUCUCCAUGCGUUCUCCAGGAGGGACGCGCACGGAGCUGCAGACGCAAGCAUCUCACUGGAGAAGCUUGUGCCGAUGAGUAAACUUCCUGACUGCGUGUCAGCCGCAUGCAUCACAGAGACGGACUCUGACAAGGCAGCAGGGGGAGGCAAGGUGAGCCACUAUGCCCCCCAGAAACACAGGCGCGUCGCAGCCAACGCCAGGGAGAGGAGGAGGAUGCACGGCCUGAACAAAGCGUUUGACGAGCUGAGGAGCGUCAUCCCCUCCCUGGAAAACGAGAGAAAGUUGUCCAAGUAUGACACCCUCCAAAUGGCGCAGAUUUACAUCACAGAGCUGUCGGAGCUCCUGACCGGUGUGGUUCACCCGGAGUGCAGGAGUCCCCGUCCAGGCUCAGCGGACAAGACCUCCAGGAGGAAUCUGAUCCACUCUCUCCGGCCAGCAGUCACUGCGCAGUCCCCGAACCCGCUGACCGGAGAACAGCGGGACCCCUGCGCCGCCGUCGGCCACCUUAUAAUACUUGGCUCUACAUCUGACUUGGGGUCAAAUAAUUCAACGACUUCUUCCAACAGCAGUGACGGGGAAUCUUCGCACCUCAGUGACAUGGAGGAAAGUCAGAAUGGAAGACAGUAACAGAAAACCACUGACUUCUCACUGUUUACGCUGCAAUGUCUGUUGUAGAAGGAACCAGGAAAACCACAUUUUACAGAUUGUAGCAAUGUUGAUCAUGUGAGACAGUCCUGCAUAUGCUCCUGUCAUUUAUAUAUCUUAGAUGUUGUACUGCCAAAUGAAAAAAGCAGGUAAAACUCAAAAACACCUACUGAGAUCUUGAUUUUUUUUCACUUCCUAAGGCCAUGAUGAACUCGCAGAGGCCUUUUUAAAUGCACUUUAUGGCCUGAACCAUCACUAAAGACAUUUCCAGUGUCAUUAGUGACAUCUGUCUAAAUUAAAAACAAUUAUUUUGAUAUUUAUGUAUAGCUAUGGGGUAUUUUUAUGAGAUUGUUUUGCUACAUUAAAGAUAUACUUAAUCAUGA